CUAGAGCAUCAAAUAUAUUUGAAAAAGAGGGACUGAUUACUGGAGCACCACUGAGAGAAAGUGGAAAAAUAACCGUGACUCAUACUUCUCGAGUUUUUCCUACGCCCGCUAGAGAAUCCCAGACUCCCCAGGAGGAGGAGUGGCUAAAAAAGCAGGCAGAUGCUAGAAGGUCUAUUCAGUUAUCAUUGGACAAGGAUUUAACUGAAGAGGAGAAAAAUCCACAGUGGUUGCAAGACAAAGGGAAUUCAUUCUUUGCUUCGGGUGACUAUAUGUCUGCAAUCAAUGCGUAUACUCAUGCCAUUCAUCUUGCACCAAAGCUACCAAACUUGUAUUCCAACAGAGCAGCAUGUCAUCUGAAGCUGAGAAACUUUUUCAAAUGUAUUGAAGAUUGCUCAAAG